GUUAGUUUUAUUUUUAACUCGAUAUGUCCUUUAGGCCUUAGCCAUGGCAUGCAGCCUGAGUGUAGUAAAGAAGCUUGUUCAGCUUGGCUUGCUAUUUCCUCAAGCCUUACAAACGGAGCUCAUUUCAUGAAGAGUGCAAGUCUUUUCAUUUUCAAAAUCAAGCAACUAUGACAAUGACAAUGAAACUGCAUUUUCACAAAAAGUGUUCAUAAGUUGUGAUUGAGAUAUCAAGACCGCUUCAAGAUUAUUGAUAAUCUGUAAAGUUGAUUAAUCGGCACCAUAAUCCUUAUCGAGCAAUGAUAAAAUAUAGCUUUAAACCACUUUUACACAGUAAAUAUAGCCUCAUCACCUUUGAAUUACAAGAUCAAAAUCAUUUCGAGAAAUGGCAAUACGUCACCAAUCAUUUGUUGGUUUAAAUUUUUAUCGAUGAAUCUUUCGUGUGUAACAUUUUAAAUAAAAUAAUCUAUCUAAAUGAAUGUAUCACUGAAUAACUCAAUUUUAAAUAUUCAAUUGUUUACAGUUGAUUUUAUGAUGAUUAAGGAUUUUACAAAACAAGAUUAAUUAAUUUUCCUGGCUAAAUGUAAACAAGAUAAACUACGCCUACUCAGAGGGACCAUCUCAAAAUUUAGUUUAAAUUACUGGUCUGUGUAUUUACAGCUUAACCGACUGUGUAAUAUCAAUUACAGUGGAGUACCAGAUACUGUCAGUACCAGAUAAUGUCAGUAGAUUUUUCAAUGGUCCCUCAAUCUCUUUGUUUACAUUUUACAAUGAGAGGGUAAAGAGUAAAUCUUUAUUAUGCCAACUAGAAAUUUGACUAUUAAAGAAAGAUUUAAUUUAAUUAAUGAAGUUAAUAAUGAAAAUAUUAAUGUUUUCGAUGCGGCCAAUAACUAUAAGUGCCAUGUUCGUACUGUCUUUAGAUGUUUAUCGAAUCAAAAUGAAAUAACAAAUGCUUAUGAUGCUGGAUGUAGGAAGAGAACAAGGUUGGAUAAAAAUGAAAAAUUAUCGCAACAUGAUGAGUUGGUCAGGAAUUUUAUUCUUGUGUGUCAACAAAAAGGAAUACCAUUGAGUGCCAACAUAAUAAAACAAGUUGCAAGACAGAAGGCCAUUGAAAUUAAUAGAGAUGAAUUAAUGUGUUCCUCCAUGUGGUUUAAAAGAUUUAAAGAAAGGAUUAAUUUGAAAUUAGGUAAAUUUUCAGGAGAAAGAAAUUCAAUUAAUCAAGAAAAAGUUAAGAGAUGGAAAGAGGAAACAAUCCCAAGAAUUAUGAUGAACUGGAGCAAUGAAUUCAUUUACAAUUGUGAUGAAACUGGCCUUUUAUACCGACAAGUUCCUCUAAAAACCUAUUUUAUAUCCAAGACUGAUCACAUCGGAGACACAGUAUUUAAAGAAAGAGUUUCAAUUCUGUUUUGUGUAAAUAGAAAUGGUGGUAAACUUCCUGUUUUAGUGAUAGGAAAAUCGGUCAAACCUCGCGAUUUUUUUACUGGUUGUUUAGAUAAUUUAAAUGUUGACUAUUUUGCUCAAGCUAACGCUUGGAUGACCAGACAAAUUUUUGAAAAAUGGUUAGCAAAUUGGCACAGAUCUUUAGUCGCAGAAAAUAAAAAAGUAGUUCUAAUAUUAGAUAACUUUAAAGGUCAUCAAGUUGACUAUGAUAAUUAUCCAAAUAUAACAUUUCAUUUUUUACCUUCAUCAACAACAUCUCUCACUCAACCUCUUGAUGCAGGUAUUAUCCGGUCAUUUAAAUCUAAAUACAUGUGCCUUUUUGUUAAUGAAUUAUUACAAGAUACUGAUUCUAUUCAUGUUAGUCAAAUCGCUAAAAAAAUAAAACUUCUCAAAGCAAUAAAUUGGAUAGACAGUGCUUGGAACUCAGUCACAAGCGAAACUAUAGUCAAUUGUUGGACCCAUUUUGGGUAUAUCAAUUCAGAAGUGCCUUACUAUUCUGAUUUAACUGAUAAACUAAGUCAACUUUCCCUUAAAAUUUCUACUAAAUUUGUUGAACCAAAUGAACUAUUAGACCAAAUAACCUUCGAUUAUGUAAAUUAUCUUGAAUAAAUCUCACUUUAAUUUCUCUAUGAAUAGCUCUUGCUGUGUGAAUAAGCUAUUUCCAGUUACUGACAGUAUCUGGUACUCCACUGUAUGAUAUUGAAUUGUAUCAAGAUGGAAAUUUUAAUGGUGAAACAAUUUCCAGAUUAAUACUACAAUGUUAAAUAUAUGAAAAAAAACUCAGACUCAAA